CUCCCGCCUUACCGACGCUCAGAAAUUUGACGCGCUCAAACUUGCGUACGACAUCUUCGCCUCUCGUAUCGACAAAGGGCAACAAUAAGGACCAGCUAGGCAACAGAUCAACCGCCAGGAUCGAGUCCGGGUUUCUGUUUUUAACUGCCUAUGAUCGUGCUUCUAUGAAGAUUUUCAAUCGCUGGUUAUCAAGGCUUCGCUGUUUAGCAGCCAACCCGUCCCCCCCCCGCAGCAUAUCCCUUCCUGGAACGAACCAGAAGAGUCCUAUACUUCGACUACUGCUCAGGCUAAUACCCCAACAUCUCAUGAGAGAAGUGGUCUACCUCUACUGUAUUCCUGUCUUACCACUGUACAGAAUACCCUUGCUGAAGUCUUCUCAUCGAACUACAUGCUGGUAUCUGCCUCAAGAAGUAACCUACCUGUCUGUCUGCAACCCCUCUUCCCUGCAGUACGGUCGUCAUCGGACGUUAAAACCUUUGACCUCUGCAAUGUACCUGCUCGGAACACCUUUUCUCUUUUUCUGUGAAAUAGGGUUAUCUUAUAUCCCGCCAAAAUCCAAAAAAAAGUACCAAAUCGCACAGAGCCGGAGGCGAAUCACUCACCGGGCACUGCUGCUUGAUUCAUCGCGUGUGUUUAUACGCUUCUUUUGUUUCGUGAAGUCGUUGUCGAAACUUCUUUAAUUCUUUUAAGUCUUUCAAUUUCGUUUUUGUUCUUAUUUCGUUUUUUGUUUUCCAAUACAAUCUCUGGGUGUCGCUGGGGAUCAUCUAUUUUUUAUCAUUUGAUUGCUAGUGGCACCUAUCUCAACACCAUAA